AUGGGCACGAUUUUGCAGGAAAAGAAAGAAAAAGAUGUGGCACCAGCAAAGUCACCUAAGAAGGAAUAUUCAGCACCAAGUGAAAAACAAGUAAAAGCAAAAAGUGAUCGAACCAAAGAAGAGGUUGGUGCUGCCUCAACUAGAAAAGCUGUACCUGGAAAGAAGGAAGAGAAAACAACCAAGACAGUGGAGCAAGAAAUUAGAAAAGAAAAAUCUGGGAAGACUUCUUCAGUUCUGAAGGAUAAAGAGCCUGUUAAAGAGAAAGAAGUGAAGUUGCCAGCUUCCCUAAAGGAAAAAGGCAAAGAAGUCAAGCCUAAGCCUCCACAGCCACAAGUAAAAAAAGAAGAGAAGCUAGAGCCACAAGUUAGAAAAGAAACGAAAUCAGAAAAAGACACAGUGAAACCAGAAAAGACUGUUUCUCAUGGUAAACCAGAAGAAAAAGGUGUCAAGCAGGUAAAAUCUACCCCAAUAGAAAAAACAGUCAAGACUAAACCAGCAAAAAAAGUUGAACAUCAAGAAAAAGAAUCUCCACUUAUAAAAACAGAGAAAUCAAAACCAACUCUAACAGAAACAUCAGAAGUCAGAGAAUCAGAAAAACCUACAAGAGUAUCAGAAGAUUUUGAAGAUGUUCCAGCUUCAAAGAACGCUAAAGUAGAAGAAGCUGAAGAUGUGUCUUCCACAAAGAAGCAAAAAAGCCCCAUCAGUUUCUUCCAAUGUGUCUACUUGAAUGGUUACAAUGGCUAUGGAUUUCAGUUUCCAUUCACUCCUGCACAGCGCCCUGGAGAGAGCUCUGGCCCACCAAGUUCUCCAGGACAGAAGCAACAAGGACAAUAGGCAGACAUGCAUGACCAUUAUAAGGACUUUAAGAACUUCCAUUUGUCCACAGUGAGACAGGCAACUGAAAUUUAAAAAUUGGGAGAAUUUCUUUGAAAAUAUUUUUAUUCUUCUGCCUGGUAUAGAAAAAAGUGGGCAAAAGGACUGACUAAUAAGCAGACAUAUUGAAAGGUCUGGAGCUCAAGACAAAUCUGCUAUUUGUGUUUGUUGCUGGUGUGGGUAUUUAUAUUAUUUUCUAUUUCCACUCACUAUAGGGUUGUUCACAAAUUACUUUGAAGUUUACUUAAUAAUGGUCUCUUAAAUGUAAUUGACAAAAUUACAAAAUCAAAUUCCUGAUUCAGGUAGAUAGAUAUUUUUAAAUGAAAACACAGACUAUGCCUUAAGUUGAAAGAGUACAGGAACUUACAUAAAAGCUACUGUUUUGUAUCAUGUAGGUAUCAAAGUUCAAUUUACUAAUAAGUCAGUACUUAAUAGUUCAAUUUUAUUUGUGUCUAUUUCUAUUUUAGUUGUGAAUAGGUGUAAGACUGGGUUACAGUUGUACCAAAGAGUGUUGUAGUUUCCUAGUGAUGCUCUUUUAGAGCUCAAAAAUAUCUCUGAACUUCAGACAUGACAAGAAGGAAUAGAAAUGUCUGAUGAAUCUUAUCACUAAGAUUUGUCUUGAAUUGUAAUUAAUACAUUCACUCUAGUGGAAAUACACUACCCAGUUAGGCAGGUCUGGUGAAUCAUUUGUGUAAAAUAUAGGCAAAUGAGAUGUAGAAUUUUCAGAUUUUUCCAGACUAUGUAUGUCCUGAUGAAAAUAUCCUUGGGUGAAAUUGUAGAUCAGUCACUAAAUUUGGGUGACAGAUGCAAGAGUAUUUUUAUUUCACUUUAAUAUAAUCCUUCAAUGGAAUUAAAUAUUUUCUUUCUCAAAAAGAAAAAAUAUGAAUGUCAUCAAACUUGAAGGACUACAUUUUAAACAUAAGCACAUCAUGAUAUGUCUUACUUGAUUUUUUAGUAAUUGGUUAUCAAUGCCAAUGAAACGAAUACCAGUCUUUAACUUACUUGACGACACAUUAUUGGGAAUGACAAUUGUGGUUUUGCCAUCUUUUGUCUCCCGGUAAUAUAAACACUUGUGUUCUUUAUCACAUUUUCCUAUCAGCUCUAACAAUCAUGCCACUGUGAUCUUUUCAUGUUUACAGUUGCAACUCAACUUAUGUCAGAUUAACUCAGGAAAUAAAUUGAGGGUUUUUUUCCUAGCAUUAUACUUACUUUCUGACAAGGUUGCCAGAGUCAAUAUGAGACAAGGUGAUUUAUUUCCAAGGACUGCAACUAAGUCCUUUAAUUCCAAGAUUUACACCACUGGUUUACUAAAAUAUCAUUGACAAGGGCAUCAGUAACAUGUCUGUUACUAAUAAUGGAUUUUCAGUGACUUUUGUGAAAGUUAUAGGUCUCAGCCACAUGCUGAUGGACCUAGCUCACAGCACAAAAGCCAACAUUACAAUGAACCAAGACUAAUGACACUCCUUGUGGGGGGCCUAGCAAUGUGUACCAUCAGCACUGACCGGGUGAUACCAUCUUGCGGAGCCUCUUCAUGUAGCAAUGGAAACUUGUGGCAGGACAGUGGGUAGAGUUUAUUGCUCACCUGCUCCUCCAGCUUGUCCAGGUUAGUGAGUAAAGGUAACAGAGAGAAAAGACAAUAGUUUUUCUUAGAUUUCAUAGAACAGAAUGAUUUAGUCAUUCACUCAUUCUUUCUUUCAAUGAGUAUUUAUUGAGCACUUAGUGCACUGUGUUAGGCACUGGACACUAUCAGAGAAAUAUCAGAGAUAGAUUCUCUUCCCUGUAUUAUCCUCACACAUGUGGCCUUGGCAAAUUUACUAAAUGUUCUAUGCUUGUUUCCCAAAGUGUAAAAUAGGAAUUUCACAACAACCAACCUGAUACACAGGUAUACUGUGGACACUAACAACAUAUCGUAAUAUAAAUAUGACAUCAAAAUUAAUUCCUAAAAUAAUACUUUUGGAUGUUUUCUCUCUGAGUGCUUUUCUACAUAUUACUGUUUCUUUCAAUCUCAUUAUAAAGAUUACUUGAUAAAAAUUAAAAUAUGAUAACUUAUUAUAAUUAGAAUUUAGACAAAUUAAUUAGGAUUAACUAGUAAUAAUUAAUUAAUUAUUAAUAAAACUUGUUAAGGCUUAUCCGCUUAAAGUUACAAUGAUGAUAACAUAUGAAAAAUAUGAACAAAACUCUUUUGUUUGUAUGGUUCCACCAAAUAAAGUAUUUCUGGUCCUUUUA